AUGCCCACUUCUUAUGGAACCUUCAUGUGGCGGGCUCCAAAUCAAGCAGAUGCAGUAUUUAACGUCGAUGGCCAUGAGUCUAAGUGCUCUUUGAACCUCAAUCCAGCGCUUCCAAAUUUCGGGCUGGCGCCAGCAAAAAUAGAUUAUGAUACUACAGAACAACUCACGGGUACACAUAGUUUCGAGGGCCACAUUGGUAGUGCAGAUUUUGAAACCGCUUUUGAUAACACUCCUAAAAUCGCAGGCGAGCUGCCCAUGCCCGUUGACCAAAAUUUCAGCACGCACGGCAUUGGAUCGUGGACACAAAUCUAUUGA